AUGGUGCCCGAAGGCCUAGAGAAGCAACCAUUGACUAACAUUGUGGCUAGUGUGGUUUCUUUUGGGUUCAAUUGUGUUAGGCUCACUUGGGCAACAUAUAUGUACACACGAAACGACUAUUCCAACUUGACAAUCGCGCAAUCGCUAGAUAAGUUCGGGUUGAAUGAUGCUAAGGCGGGCUUUGCUAAGAACAACCCUGAUCUCCUUCAGCUGACGGGCAUCGGGGCUCAACAAGUCGUGGUUAGGGCACUUGGGGCGCAAAAUGUGGUUGUAAUAUUGGAUAAUCAUCUUAGCCUUCCCCAAUGGUGUUGUAGUGGAAAUGAUGGAAAUGGAUUUUUUGGGGAUACCCAUUUUGAUCCUAAUGAAUGGAUACUUGGUUUAACUCUUGUGGCUAGGCAAUACAAGAACAAUCCAACGGUUGUUGGAAUGAGCAUGAGAAAUGAGCUUCGUGGGUCGAGAUCAAAUGAGGACGAUUGGUAUAAAUAUAUGGAGCAAGGUGCGAACUCAAUUCACAAUGAGAAUCCGGAUCUGUUAAUUGUUGUCUCUGGCUUAAGAUCGGAUACCAAUCUCGCUUUCUUAAAGAAAAGGCCAUUCGGGGCGAAUGUAGGCAACAAAUUGGUGUUUGAGGCUCAUUGGUACCCUUUUGGUGAGUCUUACAACAAUUGGUUGAACAAAACAAACCAAUUUUGUGGUACGCGAACCGGGUGGUUUAAUGGUCAAUCGGGUUUCUUGGUAGACGGGGGAAAACCAUUUCCCUUGUUUUUAAGCGAGUUUGGAAUCGAUCAAAGAGGAGACGACGAGAUGGGUGACCGAUAUUUGAAUUGCUUACUAGCUGUCGCGGCCGAAAAGGACCUAGAUUGGGCAUGGUGGGCUCUCCAAGGGAGUUACAUGUUAAGACAAGGGAAAAUUGAAAUGGAAGAGUUCUAUGGAAAUCUUGAUUUUAAUUGGUCACUCCCUAGAAAUCCAACCAUACAAAAAAAGCUACAAUUUUUACAACAUGUAUCUCAAGAUCCGAAUUCAAAAAAGCCAACAUCCUACAUAAUGUACCACCCGCAAAGUGGCAAUUGUGUGCAUGCAAGUAGAAACUUAAUUAGAUUAGGUGAUUGCAAUAGCUCAAGCCGAUGGAAUCAUGAUGGGGAUGGGAGUCCAAUAAGAUUGGCGAGUACUAACAAUCUAUGCUUAUUGGUGACUAGGGAAGGAGGUACAGCCACACUCAAGGGUGACUGCACGAGCCCUCGGGCAAUGUGGAGGUCAGUCUCGGGUUCUCGACUUCACUUAGCUGCGAAUGGUGGGCAAGGGAUGGGGGACUUGUGUUUGGAUGGGACCUCUUUAGAGUCCUCAUCAAGGGUCUUGACCAAAAAGUGUCUUUGUUUGGGGAAAGACUCUAAGGAUCUUCCAACAUGUCCUGAUAACCCUCAAGUUCAAUGGUUUAAGCUGGUACCUACCAAUACUUAA